GGAAAGGGGAAUUGAGACUAAUACAGAAAAGGGGGAAAAUUCUGGUUACAAAUAAAAGCCCAAUCCUCUUCCCACUCUCUCUGUGGAGCAAGAAUGGUGGCAACCUCACUCUCGAUUCUCUCUUCCACAUCUUCCUUCUCUCCGAAUUCAAACGCCGAUUCACUUUCCAUCUCUACUUCUCUCCGGCCGGCCACUUUCAAACCUUUCGAGUCUCACUUUUUGCUUCCAAAGUCUGCUUCUUCACGGCUCUCUAAUUCACCUUUCAAGGUCUCCGCUUCUUCUUCCAAUCUCUCGGUCGAAGAUGUCUCCGCGGAGAAGUUUAUGGAGAACAAUUCCAUCACCGACUUCAUGAGAUUCAAAAAAGGAAGCGGUGGAGGCGGCAACGGCGGCAACGGCGGCGGCGAGUUGCAGACUGCUGUUGUUAGUUACAGGAAGAGGUUCCCUUGGUCACUCCUAAAUCCAUUUUUUCAGGUUGAUUUGGUUUCUACAAUCCACAUCGCUGAUAAAGAGUACUUUGAAACCCUCCAGAAGGAACUUGAGUCUUAUGAUUGUAUCCUAUAUGAGAUGGUCACUAGCAGGGAAAGUUUAGAAGAUAGAGGAAACACUACCAUGACAAAAAGGCUCAAAGUGUCGCGUUCACGUUCACGAGGUUUCAACAUUUUAGGUUUCAUUCAGCGCCAGAUGGCUCGUGUACUAAUGCUUGAUUUCCAAUUAGAUUGUCUUAAUUACCAGGAUGAAAAUUGGUACCAUGCAGAUCUUGACUUUGAGACCUUCAAGUUACUUCAGCUUGAAAAGGGUGAAAAUUUCUUCACAUUAGCAAGGGAUAUGACCCUUAGGUCAACAAAAGCUAUGGUGCAGUCUGCUUCCAUUCGAGAUGACCUUGAUCCUUGGAGAUCCAAGCUUCUCUGGGCUUCACGUGUACUUCCCAUGCCACUUGUGGGUCUUCUCAUUAUUGGAGGUGUCUGUGCAGAUGUGGGAGGUCAAGCAUCAGAAUUUCCAGAGCUAGAAGCUUUGUCUAGGCUUGACUUUGGUACCGCCAUGAAGGUUUACCUAGCAAAGCGACUCACGUCUGAGUUCACGGAAGUGAAAGCUGACAUUGAAGAGAAAUCUGUAAUCAUUGGUGAGAGGAACAAAGCUGCAACAGCAGUACUUAGAAGAGCAAUCGAUGAGGGCCACAAUAAGAUUGCUAUACUGUACGGUGGUGGCCACAUGCCAGACUUCGGGAGAAGGUUGAGAGAAGAGUUUGACCUGAUCCCCUCCUGCGUGCAUUGGAUAACAGCAUGGUCAAUAAGAAACCGACAUUUUGAGAGCAGUUCCCAUCCAUUUCUGAAGACGAUGGCUGAAGUUUCAGGCUGGCCACUAAACCGCUACCAGACUUUGGCAUUACUCAUCUUCUCUUCAAUCCUUGCAUUGGAUCUCUGGUUUUGGGAACUCUUUUGUGGAACUGCGGUAAACUGGAUUUCUCAAAUUGUCUCAGAAGUUUUUCAAUAUAUAGAUAAUAUACCAAGGACUUGAAAGAUCUUCAUGGGAUAUGUUCUUUUCAUUAACAUUGAUGAAGUCCAGCACCUGCUGUUGUAAACAUUGCAUACAUGAAUCUCUCAUGGCUUUGCCAAAGCCAGUGAUGUUAAUAAACCAACUCAGAUAUAGAAUGAAUUUAUUGUUUUCAUUGAUGGUGGCAAUUGGAUUCUCAUUUUUAAUGCUAUUUGUAUAUAUUUGGUUUAGUGUUAAAAGGUGCAAUUCAAGUUUGGUACUUCCCAUGAAAUGGUACCCUGCUUUUGUUACGUGCAAAGCAUUUGUAAUCAAGGUAUCUUGUACAC